UAUAGUGCCCGAUUAAAUACACUUAAUAUACAGUAGUGAACUGCCACUGUCGAUUCGAAUUCCGCUUGUAUCUUGCGAAAAGAUUAAAUAACCUAGACUGUCAAGACGAUCUGAAUAUAUGGCAACUCCCGCGAUAUGAAUAUGUGCCAAAAGCGACGAAAACAGAAGCGCAGACGUUUGCCUAUAAAAAACAAACAAUAAACAAAUACCUCCGAAGAAGAAAUUGUUUUUAGCCUGCGUAAUGUGCUUGUGUGAUAAAGUAUUUGUUUACGCUUAAGCUCUAAAGUAAAGCAAAAUAAUUAGCAAAAAAUAAAACAAAAGGCAGCCCUUCGUGUGUGAUUUUUCGCCCCCGAUAGCGAAGAGAAGAGCUGAAAAAGCCGCGUGAAAAGCGCGCAAGUCAUAAAUAUCGGGGCUAAUCAGAUGGCCGGAGAUUCGUGGUGCUAAUUAGGAGUGUUAUAACCGUAAGCGGAUCGGAUCGAAGAAACAUAGGUACAUAGUACUGCGAAGCAACGCAAUAUGUUGCGGCAGAAGAAGCUAAAGAGGAAAAACGAAAAUUAAAGUUCAGAACAUUUUUCAAGUCCCAGUUUUGCAACAUGCAGUCCAGCCACAUGUUGCUGGGCGUUGGCCUCAUGUUGCUAGCGCUAUAUGUCCCUUGUGCCGACUCAAAAUUGGAGCACGAAUGCACCAGCAUCGACAUACGUAACGAGUGCAAGAAUAUGCACUUGCUCGACAACUGCACCGUGGUCACCGGCUACGUAAUGAUCACCCUGAUCCCCAUUGAACAGCACUGCAACUUCUCGAACUACUCCUUCCCACUCCUCACCGAGAUCACCGAGUUCAUGAUCUUCACCGAGGUGAGGGGCAUGGCCAACAUCACGGAUAUGUUCCCCAACCUAGCCGUCAUCCGGGGGCGCCGACUGUUCCUCAACUACGCCCUCGGCGUGACUAGCAUGUACGACCUUGAACAGUUGGCCUUUCCCCAAUUGGUGGCAAUACAACGCGGUCAAGUCUACAUCGGCAACUGUCCACAGCUCUGCAACAUCGACCGGGUUAACUGGGAUCUGCUGACCCUCAGCAGAGGCGAUAACCACAUUAUAGCGGCUGGUAAAAACUGCAGCACACCCGUGUGCAAGGGAUGCACUUCCUCCUACUGCUGGUCGAACAUUUACUGCCAGCGAUCCCUAAACGAAAAUGUCGUUAACCCACAGGCCAACAUUAACACCUGCCAUGAGGAAUGUUUGGGAGGCUGCCAUGGAGACUCCGGAUCCGCUGCUGACUGCGCAGUCUGCCGAGGACUUAGCGAUGCCGGCGUCUGCGUGAAGAGCUGUCCGAAGAACAAGUACGCCCUGGAGCAUUUCCAGCGGUGUUACACCAAGGAUGAGUGUGUGACCAAGCAUGGCUUCGUUAUUUCGGAGUCGCAGUGCGUAGCCUUCUGUCCCAGUGGCUACAAGGCGGAUAACACCUCCGAGUGUGUGCCCUGUGGCAUCGAAGAGGCUUGUGUUAGUGUCUGUACUCCGGACCAGGCUGGGUAUGUUUUCAGCAUAUACAGCUUGGCCGAUGCCGAGAAGUUACGCGGCUGCCAGAUCUUUAACGGGAGCAUGGUUAUUACCAUUCGCAACAAGGUAAACGAGACGCAGCUGGCCCAGAGCUUCCAAAGUAUGCGCGAGAUUCGAGGCUAUCUCAAAAUCUAUCGCUCCUCCCAGCUAAAAAGCUUGGAUUUUCUCAGCACUCUGGAGCGUGUUCACGGUGAUCCUCUAGAGACUCGUCACUACUCCUUUGUACUCUACGACAACAAGCAGCUGGCCGGACUUUGGAAGCCCUCCCCACAACUGGAGUUUAUGGAGGGCGGCAUGUUCAUGCAUCGCAACAACAAGCUAUGUAACCGACGGAUGCGCGAGUUCCAGAACACUGCCUCCCACGACAGGUCCCUGGACUCACUGCAAACCAACGACCAGGAGGUUCAGUGCAGUCCCUUAAAAAUGCUGCUGUUUGUGCAGAAACGAACCCAUCGGACGGUAAAGCUAAGCUGGCUAAAACACCAGACCAGCCAGAGGCUCGAACUAAUUCACCGACCAUUGCAGCCGGGGAAACUGUAUCACGAGGAGAGUGACCUGGAGGCACCGGUAUGUACACGAAUCAACUGGAAGCGCCGGCUGCUUUUUCCCGAUGAUUUGAUCGAGAAUGGCACCCACUAUCUAUUCGAGUUGGAUGAUCUUGAACCGAGUACGCGAUACGCCUGCCUGCUACGAACUUUUGGCGAUGAAUUGGCUCAGGAGGCGCGUAGCGAACUGACCUACGUGCAGACAGAGCAGGAUAUUCCUAAGCCACCAGUGCUGGAGCUGGUCAAGAAAACAGAUAGUUCGCUAAGCAUGCGAAUGGCCGGUCGCGAUCACGACAGCUUCGUGCUUACCGUCUUCGAACUGCCCGACGAUCGGGCGUACAUAGAUCAGCGGAACUACUGCCGCCAGCCGUCGUAUAUGUGGCAGGCCAUAAGCGGCGCCGAGUGGCUGUCUUUCGAGGACUACGACGACUGCUGUGCGGGGAAGGCAGAGCAAUUGGACGACUCCCGCUUCAUAGCGAACAUGCGGGAGCAGUACCGCUGCAGUCUGGAUGAUCGCAAACAGUGCCGACGAUUGGUGCUGGCGGAGGCUUCUCUACCGCAGCUCCGUCUGGCGGGAAACACCACAGAGUACGAGCUCAAAUCACUGCAUCGCUUUAGACUAUAUGCCCUCCAGCUGCAGGCCUGUAACCAACUCGGCUGCAGCAGCCACACAACGCUCUACGGUCGCACAAACUACACAAUGGGCGCUGACCUUCUCUCCCAGCUGAAUGCCUGUCACAUUCCGGAGACGCAAAAGUACAUCCUGCGCUUCGAAGAGCCCCAGAAACCGAACGGUAUGGUGACCAACUAUGUGAUCCACUACCGCAACAACUUCAACCAGACCCACGCCGGCUGUGUCACGAGGCAGGAGCACAAGAGUGCCGGCUAUGUGUAUGUCAAGCAGCUAAAUAUCACCUUCAACGAGUGCGCUGUGCAGGUUCAUUCCCUGGCCGGGGAUGUGAUGACGCCCUACAUCCCAAUCAAACUCUGCAGCGAUGAGGAACAACGAUUGUUGGCCCACAACCGGGAGGCCAAGGAAGUGUCCCCAGAAAUGUCAGAGGUGCCAGCCACAACGACGCAUGCCCACGGCAUUAGCAUAUUCCUGGUUUGCUUCCUUUCUGGGUGCACUGCGUCACUUGUUUGGGUUCUCUACAAGCGACGCUGCUGGAGGCAGUUGCCCGGCCUCCGGCGCUAUGUGCCCGUGAGGGAGCAGUGGCUACGGGACCGACAGCAGACCGAGGAUCGCGAAAUCCUGGUCGACGGCUUCGAGACGGUUCGUUUCCAAAACAAUAACGACAGCCAGCCGAACGAUUAUACCAUGUAAACGAUAAUAUAUGUAUAUGAACUUAC